AUGAUGACAUCCAACAUUGAAGAAUCGCUCAACGCUGAACUAAAAGAUGCAAAAAAUAUCCCUAUUGAUAUCUUGGUUGAAUGCCUUAGAAGUUUGGUUCAAACGUGGGUUUGGAACAACUCAAAUAAUGCAAACGAAACAUUCACAAAAGUCUCUACAACAAUAGCAAAUGAGUUGAGACAUGGCAUUGUUUCGAAAAUGAAGUUUCAAGAAGGUGAAAUGCCUUGUGGGCAUGCAGUAGCUGUAAUUGCAAAGAGAAACUUGGGAGUGUAUGAUUACUUUGCAAAGUUUUACAAAACAGAAAUGCUAGAAGCAUUGUAUGAAGAAAAUGUUCAACCUUUGCCCCAUAAAGAUGAAUGGAAUCUUCCACAACACUUAGACAUAGUGGUGUUCCCUCCAAAGGCAACAAUCCCUGCAGGAAGACCAAAGAAGAAAAGAAUAAGAUCAAGAGGGGAACCAAAAAUAAUAAUCACCUGUGGGAAAUGUGGGCAACCAGGACAUAACACGAAGACUUGCAGGAAUCCACCAAAUGACAAGGCAAACAAGCAAAAAAAAUAA